CUCGACUGCAUAUGGGAAUCGCCUGAUUUUCUCAUUGUCUCGAGAGAAACGAGGCCAUAGUGAACCUCGAGGCUCGCCUUGUUACCAGUAUCGUUUGAGAAGUUUUGUUUUGCUCUCACAUAGCCAGAAUGUCGACUCUUCUCCUUGCCCCUUUCGAUGCUUCCAUGUGCCUAGGCCAGGGCUACAACUCGUUCAUGCACGCGCCCUGCAUUUGCGACGCCGUCGACAUCAAGAAUGCUACCUAUAUUGCAUCAAAGGAGGGUAGCACACCGUCCCAGACUGUUUCAUACUCGGCAGAAGUUAUAGAGAAAAUGUCUGACUUUGUUCGUGCCAUGAAUAUAUCAGCAGGCUCGUCAAUCCGAACAGGCUCUGUGAGUGUUUUUGGCGGCGGAAGCAGCAUCGAUGAGAUGAAGUUUGCCGAGAGUGAUCUAAACGCAGUCAUCUCUGUCAAGGUUGUCAAUGAGACUCGCAAUUUUCAGGAAAACAUAUCCUUCAAAGAGAUUGGUGUCAAGAACUUGGAUAACGCUCAAUUCCAUGAAAUCUAUGGUGAUACCUUCAUUUCUGGGUUCAUCGAAGGAGGCGUCUUCCAUGGUAUCAUCAAUAUCAAAUCAAUUGAUGCCUCCAAGAAAUCAGAAAUCAAGAACAAGCUCAGAAGCCUGUUCAACGGCACAAACUCGGAAUGGUCACCAUCGUCGAGCGCGGAUCUCAUCGAGGCACUCCGACAAGCCGACGUCUCAGUGACGGUCUAUUGGUCUGGAGGCAGCAUGAUCAAUCCAUCGAAUGAAGAAUGGAAUAUCGAGUCGCUUAUUCGUGCGGCGAGCGCCUUUUCGGACAAGGUGUUGAAGUGUCCACAACGAACUUGUGCGAUCUUGACAAGAUAUGACACUUUGCCUGAUUUCGUGGUUUGGUCACGCGGGUUCAGCCCUGCCAUCUGCGUUAGACAAUAUGAUGGUGCCCGGGGAUUCGCGUCCGAGUUGCUUGACAUGUACAUGGAGUACAAGGGCAACCUCUUCCUUUUGAAUGACGCAAUUCACCAUCAAGACAGAUACGAGAGGAGCUCGCGACCUGACGGAGUUGACAUGGCGUUGAGCAGUCUCAUCGAGGCUCGCACAUCCUUGCGUUUCGAGAUGAUCAAGAUUGUCAGAAAGAUUGAAGCACUUGACAGGGACCCCGAGAUGGUCAAUGAUCCGCUUGGAAAAGGGGAUAUCACAGCCCCAGAGCUGUGGCGUGCAAGACUGCCAUUCAAAAAAAGAUGACUUGGGCGAUGCCAUGACUUAGAAUGUUCUUGAGUCAUUACUUCAUGGCCUUCCUACACAACUGGCGGCAAUGCCUUGACUAAAUUAGAGAGCGGGCUGUCAAGAAUGCCACGAAAUGGCCUGACUGUCGUAUCUCGGGGAUACCGUCCGGUUUGCAAGUUAAUGAAAAUGAAAGUUCUUCUCAAUUCCAAUGCAGUCUUGGCCAUAUUGGACGGCCAUAUCAUGCGUGGAGGUGUUUACGAGGGAAAGCUAUAUCCGGGGGCUAAGCCUCCAUUACCUAUCGGAAAAGACGGCAGACCAUUACUGUAAAGUCCACUGGACUCUUGUUUAAUUCUGAGGGGGGUUUCGUUCGAAUGUCUUGGGGUUA